AUGUCCGAUCCUCCCAGCUCUUCUAUAAUUAAUUUACCGAAUAUUGAAGAAAAAAAUAAUAAUAAUAAAUCAGGUGAUCUGGUUAUAAAUACUCACACUCCAGGUUUAGAAAAAAAUUCAAUUACUAGUGAUUUACUAACCAAUUUUAAGCAAUACGAUGAUAUCCUAACACUUUAUUCAACCAAUGUUUUAUACUACAGAGUAGUAAACCCUGAUGGUAAAAUUGCAAUUUUAUUUAUUCAUGGUGGCCCAGGUGACACUCAUGCCGUGUUUUCUAACAUUGAAUUAGAUAAUCGAUCUUACAAAUUUAUCUUAUAUGAUCAAUGCGGUUGUGGCAAAAGCAGAACCGGUAGAAAAAUAAUUAACCUUCCAGUGUCCGAAUUAGUAGAUCAAAUAGAAGAGCUUAGAAAACAUUUGAAUAUUCAAUCAUGGUUAUUGUUAGGUUAUAGUUACGGUGCUUAUAUUGCAUUAAAUUACAAUAAGAUAUAUCGAAAACAUGUGACUGGAAUUAUAAUGGUCGCGCCUUGGUUUGGAUCGGACAAAAUGUUUUGCUCUUACUUCAAGAUUGGCAAUCUUGUGUGUAAAGAUUAUUUACAACAGUUUAUCAGAUUGUUAAAAAAAUAUUAUGGAAAUUUUAAUCAUAAGUCGGCUAAAACUAUUGCAUUGAUUUUUAAACGUUGCAUGAACAGCUGUUCGCUUCCAGAAAAACUUGAAAUUGCUCAAGCAUGGACUCGUUUACAAUACUUUUUAAUUAAAGGCGAAAGCCCAGGAAAUGUUCAUUUUGAUUUGAACGAAGAUGAUCUUUCAAUUAUUUUACAACAAAUACAGAAUCUGUCAAAAUCGUUCCCGUUAAAUAAAAGUCAACUUGAAGAAUUACAUCAUAAAACUACUAAAAUAUGGGUUAUACAGGGUCACCCGUGCGAUGGCGUUUGUUUUCUUAAACUACUUCCGAAAUGCUGCCAGAGCCACAUAAUCAAACUGCAUCAAACGUACAAAGAUGAAAAAUACCUCUAUCUGCUGCUUGAGUACUUUAAUGGCGGCGAGCUCUACGAAAAAAUUCCUCCAGAAGUCAUUUUAAACAAAAACAACGACCAAAAGAGUGACGUUUUUGCGUUCGGCUGUGUGAUGUAUCAAGUCGCAACCGGAUUCCCACCUUUUGUAGGGAGCUGA